UCGAGCUUCCGUCAAUAAUAUACAGGCCAUAGUACAAACACGCUCGAGUCAAUCUCAUCAUGGCCGCCUUCUACAACCGAUGUAUCGCCUCGAGCUCCCGCCUAGCAGCGACCCAGCCAUCCAACAUUGCGGUCGCUGCGUUCUCGACGUCGGCAUCCAGCUUGGCUGCUGCGAAGGGCAAGAAGCCUGGUAAGGCUCCCGUUACGAAAAAGAAGCCCGGGUCGUUCAGCAAAGUCCGAAACACUGCCGUCAAGGGGAAGGAGGCAUCUUCGGGAGGCGCUCGAGGUGGAGAAACUCAGACCAACCAGAUCGACCUGACCGAGUCGGUGGCAGCAGAAUUUGAGCCUACUGUGGCGGUGCACGCUGGAGUACCUACCCGGUUCAAGAAGCAGAACGUCGACCAGUUGCAAGCUUACGGUCUUCCCCGACGGAUCGCUCAAGAGUUCCAAAAGGGUCAGGCCGCCACGGUCACACGGAUAUCCAGCGACAAGCUCAUCAGCAGGCUCAACUCGGCCGCGGAAAAGUCUAGCAAAGAGACCCGACUCAUUCUGAACGGCUCCAAGGGAUCGGGCAAAAGCACCAUCAUGCUUCAAGCUAUGAGCGCCGCUUGGCAAAAGGGCUGGAUCGUCAUCUACCUUCCGCGAGCGACCGAGCUCAUCGAUUCAACCUCGCCUUACGCCUACAACACGACGACGCAGACAUUUUACCAGCCGGCGCUUUCGUCGACAUUGUUGAGCUCUAUGUUGGCUGCCAACAAGAAGGCGUUGUCGGAGAUCUCGCUCGGACGCGAGUACGAGACGGCGACGGGGCAAAGGUUUCAAGCGGACGAAAAGCUGGACGCCUUGAUGGCUCGUGCUGCCAAGGACGAGACCAUCUCGGUUGGCGUGCUGGAAAUUGUGUUCGAAGUCUUGGCCAAGCAAACCACAUCCCCCGUCCUCCUUGCCGUGGAUGAAGCUCAAGCGCUCUUCAUGCGCUCAAAUUACCGAACCCCUCAUUUCGACCACCUCGAGAGCUAUGCCCUCUCCUUGCCCCGACUCUUGCUGGACUACGUCUCGGGCAGGAAAUCGUUCGAUAAGGGAGCCAUCCUCACCUCGAUCUCGCUGUCGACCGCUCAACAUGCCCCGCCCAAGGAGAUUUACGCUGCCGUUCCGGAGCUGAGCAAGGCGCCUGUUGUCACGCCGUACGACAAGCUGGAUGAGCAUCACGUCGAGGCUGCGAGGGGGCUCGAGGUCUUUGACGUCGGUGACCGAUUGGACUUGCAGGAGGCUAGAGGGAUCUUGGACCUCUGUCAGCAGCGCAAGUUUGUCUUUGGAGUAACGGACGAAAUUUUGUUGGGCAAGUUUGCAGAAUCCGGAGGCAACGUAAACGAGUUUGUACGGGGACUGCGGUCAACUUUGACAGUAUAAAGCGGCGUGUAUCGAUCGAAUCGAUUUGUGAAACGA